GGUACUUUCAUACCUUUGGUACUAGAAAUUGAAUACAUUCUCAUAGGCGCUAAAGUACAAUUUGAAGUGUGAAGAAUGAAAAUGAUUCAGCUAUAAAUAAAUAAAUAAAUAUGUGACUACUGUGUAUACAGUUGUUUGGCAUAGUUUUUUUUCACAAAAAUGAUGUAUGACGCAGUACUCGCUUUCCUGGGAUUAAUUGUAAUUCUUAAUACACUACUGGUCCCAAUGUUCGGAAUCAAAUCAAAAGUUGGAUGCCUGAUGUGUGCAAUAUUGGUUAUAUUGUGGACUUUGGUUAUCUGUUUGCUGUGUUGCGAAAAGUUGGAAUCUGAGUGCUAUGCUUUAAUCGCCUUUGCUGUUAUAGAAGACAUAUUAACAAUCUUAUUCAUCCUCCAAAGCAGAAGAUUAAUUAAAAAAGUAGAAGCCACCUUGCUUAUUUUAUCUACGGCAUGUUGUAUAACUGCUACAAUUUUGUAUUAUGUAAAGAAAGACAGUCCGCUUUUCAGAUCAUUGGCAGGAGGUUUCUUGAACACGGCUACAUGUUCUACACUGCUGCUUUUCUCAAACUUUGUUAAAUGAAUAUUCCAUCGAAACUAAUAUCUCGAGGUACCUUGCAAUUUUGACGACACUUGGUGAUAUAUUAACCUGCAAGUCUACAGGUGAAUCAAAUGACAAUAAACAUUUCAAAUUCAAAAAAAUAUAAAAUGAUAGCAUGGUUAUUUCGCUUUUAUGUGUGUACUAUAUCUUCUGAAAAA